UUAAAAAAAUUAAAUCAAUUUCAAAUCACUGCAACAAAUAUUUCUAAACAAAUUCUUCCUCACUCUUCUCCAACAUUUCACUUCGUUCUAGCUCCUGUUUCUCCUAUGGCCGAGGCUUUACUGGAAGUCGUGAUUCAAAAUUUGGGAUCUUUCGUUCAAGAUCAACUUGCAACUUAUUGGGGUGUUGAUGAACAGAUUCAAAAGCUUUCCAGCAAUCUCACCGCAAUUCGUGCUGUCCUCAGAGAUGCUGAGAAAAAGCAAAUAACAAGUCAUGCCGUCAAGGAUUGGCUGCAGAAACUCACAGAUGCAGCCUAUGUGCUUGACGAUAUCUUGGAUGAAUGUUCGAUUCACUUCACAAAGAUGCACUCUCAUGAUGGACAUACUUCAUGCCUAUCCCGUCUCCAUCCUAAGGACAUUCACUUCCGCUUUCAUAUUGGAAAGCGGAUCAAAGACAUCACUGAAAGGUUUCAUGACAUUCAUACAGAAAGGCUGACUUUUGAAUUGCGUGUGGAUCUCACAAAAAAGCAAGCAGUGGAUGAUGAUGGUUGGCGUGAAACUAGUUCUGUAAUUACUGAACCCAUAUUAUAUGGCAGAGACGGAGAUAGAGAGAAAAUUGUGAAGUUUCUUCUGGAAGAUGCCAGUAGCAGUGACGAACUCACCAUCUAUGCCAUAGUUGGUAUGGGUGGACUUGGCAAAACAACUCUUGCCAAGCAGGUCUUCCAUGAUGACGAGAUAAGUAAACAUUUUGACUUGAAAAUCUGGAUCUGUGUUUCGGAUGAUUUCAAGGUCAAGGAAAUCCUGCACUCCAUCAUAGAAUGUACCCUUGGUCCAAAUCAGAACGUCGACAAUUUAGAAGCAAGGCGGAAAAAGGUUGAAGAAGCAUUGCAGAGUAAGAGAUAUUUGGUUGUUCUGGAUGAUGUGUGGAACGACAACAGAGAGAAAUGGAAUGAGUUGAAGGGGAUGUUGGAGUGUGCAAGGGGAGCAAAAGGAGCUACCGUUUUGGUCACCACUCGACUUCAGGAAGUUGUCUCUGUCAUGGGAGCGCAUUUUUCUUACCCUUUGAAAGCAUUGUCGGAAGAAGAUAGUUGGUCAUUGUUCAAACAGCAUGCAUUUGGACCAAACAGACAAGAAAGGAAAGAGCUUUCGGUAAUCGGUGAAGACAUAGUGAGAAAAUGCGUCGGUUCCCCACUUGCAAUAAAAACACUGGGAAGCUGUUUGCGUGAUGAAAAUGAAGUAACACAAUGGAAGAAUGUAAAGGAAAGUGAAAUUUGGGGCAUACGGGAGGAAAGUAAUUCUGCGACAGGUGAGGAAAAUUCUAUUAUGCGUGCUUUGAAAUUGAGUUAUUCUAAUUUGGAGCCAUAUAUGAGGAGAUGCUUUUCUUUAUGUGCAAUAUACCCCAAAGAUUUUGAGAUAGAAAAGGAAGAAAUAAUUCAUCUCUGGAUGGCUAAUGGAUUUAUUAAAUGCGAAGGAAAUGUAGAGGUGGAAGAUGUUGGAAAUAAAGUGUGGAAAAAAUUAUACAGUAGAUCAUUUUUUCAAGAAGCAGAGUAUGAUAAGUUUGGUAUGAUAACGACUUUCAAGAUGCACGAUCUAUUUCAUGAUCUUGCCCAAUCUAUCAUGGGCGAGGAAUGUGUGGUUAUUAUGAAAAAAUUGUUGACUCCCUCAAGCAGAAUUCACUACUUAAAUUUGAAAAAUUAUGGUGUGUCAGUUGAUGCGAGUUCUAUCAAGCUUGCUUUCAAGAAGGCUGAAUCUCUGCGGACUUUAUUUUAUUUUGGUCAUAUGGGCCUAAUGCUAUCAAACCAUUGUUGUCUCCGAGCAUUGGACACAAACUUUACUAAGUUGUCCUCGCUUAAGAGUUUAACACUUUUGAGAUACUUGAGUUUGAGUGGUGGUAUGCACGUAAGCUUAAAUAACUCAAUUUGUGAGUUGACGAAAUUACAAAUAUUGAAACUGAGAGAUUGGUACAGACUUUAUGGGCUACCCAAAAACUUGACACAAUUGCAGGAUCUAAGACAUGUUGUAAUUGAUAAUUGUCCUUCAAUGGUAGAGAUGUCCCCCAAUAUUAGCAAGUUAAGACAUCUAAAAACACUGAGCAUUUUCAUUGUGGGUUCAAAGCCCGGGUAUGGGUUAGCAGAGCUGCAUAGCUUAAAGCUGGGAGGCACGCUGAGAAUCAAAGGCCUUGAGAACGUCUCCAGUGAAUGGGAUGCUAAACAAGUAAAUUUGAUUGGUAAAAACUUGAAUAUGCUAUGUUUGUCAUGGGAUGGUAGAAGUAGUUCAGAAGGUAGUAAUGUUAGUGUGGAGAGAGUACUGGAAGCCCUAGAACCUCCCUCGACUCUGAAGAGUUUUCAGAUGAAUGGAUAUCAGGGAAGACACUUAUCGAGUUGGAUGAGAAGUUUGGUAGCUCUGAGAGACUUGGUGAAAGUUAAGCUCUGGAACUGUGAAAACUGUGAGGAGCUUCCCCCAUUUGGUAAACUACCACACCUGAAAAGGCUAGAGGUGAGUGGAAUGAAAAAUGUGAAGUGCAUAGAUGGUGAGACGUAUGAGGGCGUGGAGGAGAUGGCAUUUCCAUCGUUGGAGGAAUUGAUUCUGAAGAAUUUACCAAAUUUGGAGAGGUUGUUGAGGGAUGAAGGAGUAGAGAUGCUCCCUCGUCUUUCCCAAUUAACAAUUAAAAAGGUCUCCAACUUUAAAUUCCCACGUCUUCCUUCUGUUGAGAAACUUGAUGUUGAAAGCAUUGACGAUGUGGAAGGGGUUGUGGGGAAUACGCCUUGUCUAAAGACCCUGAAUAUUUCAUCGAUUAAAGGAGUAAAGACACUACCUGACCAACUCGGCAUUCUCGAUGCAUUAGAGGACCUUGACAUUGUAGGUUGGUAUGAUUUGGAGUAUUUCCCAGAACAUAUCUUGGAAGGUCUAACUUCUCUUCGAAUCUUACGUAUUCGUUACUGUGAGAAAUUAAAAUCCUUGUCUGAAGGUGUUCGACAUUUGGCAUGCCUUGAGAGAUUGACGAUCUGGUAUUGUCCAGAGUUGGUGGUUCUACCAAGCAAUAUGAGCCAACUAACCGCCCUUCGAGCCGUGUCAAUCUUUGUUUGCUCCACAUUACCAGAUGGCUUACAACGUGUCCCCUCCCUACGUUCUUUGCAUAUAUCCGAUUGCAAGUCUACUUCAUUGCCGGACUGGCUGGGAGACAUCACUUCCCUUCAAGAAUUAGACAUUUCGUAUUGUAAGGAGUUGAGGUCACUGCCGAGUAGCAUUCAACGCCUCACCAACUUGUCUUCUUUAGGUAUAUACAAUUGUUCUCAUCUGGAGAAGCGGUGCAAGAGGGAAACAGGAGAGGAUUGGCAAUACAUAAACCACAUUCCAAAUAUAGAAUGGGAAACAUUUUGAUGGCUCGUUAACAAAAGAUGGAAAUGGAUAGACACUGAUACAAUAGAAGAGGGAAGAAGUUGACGUUUGUUUAUCUCAAUAUGGCUCAUUGUUGUCAAUAUCGUUGAGUAAUAAUUUGGAACUUUGACUGUAAUUCUUUUAAACUAUCAUUAUGUAAUUUUUAAUAUAGUAAUCUAUUUCAUAUCACAACCUCUGAUUUUGUAAUUGUAAUUGUUUUGUCGGCAUUCAAAUCAUGAUGUUUGGAAGGUUGUUGUCACAAGAAGUGCUAUCAUUGGCCAUAAAAGCUAAGCUGACAUUAGUAGCACAAACAUGAC